AUGGCUGAAGAAAACCAACAGGCUAUCAAGGAAAACUUGACCUCCGGUGGUAAUGCUGCUUUCCACAAUUUCGUCAACGAUUUUGCCCAUGUCACCGAUCCUCUCGAAAGAAGAAGAUUGGCUUUGGAAAAAAUUGAUAACGCCAGCUUUGGUUGGUACCACAUCAGAGCCAUCUGUGUUGCCGGUGUUGGUUUCCUUACCGAUUCUUAUGAUAUCUUUGCCAUCAACAUGGGUCUUACCGCUAUGGUUUACGUUUAUUGGGACAACAAGAUUCCUGCAUCAACCAGCACUUUGAUUAAGGUUUCUACUUCCGUUGGUACUGUUAUUGGUCAACUUCUCUUUGGUUAUCUUGGUGACGCUGUCGGUCGUAAGAAGAUUUACGGUACCGAAUUGAUUGUUAUGAUUUCUGCUUGUGUUAUCCAAUGUUGUCUUGGUGAAUCUCCUGCUAUUAACUUUGCUGCCAUCUUUACCUUCUUCAGAAUCAUUAUGGGUAUUGGUAUUGGUGGUGAUUAUCCUUUGUCUUCUGUCAUUACCUCUGAAUUCGCCACUACUAAAUGGAGAGGUGCCAUCAUGGGUGCUGUCUUUGCUAAUCAAGGGUGGGGUCAAUUGUUUGCCGGUAUUGUUGCUAUCAUUUCUAUUGCCGGGUACAAGGACGCUUUGAUUAACGCCAACUCUGCCGCCGAAUGUGACCACCACUGUAUGCGUGCUCUUGACACUAUCUGGAGAUUGAUUAUCGGUUUCGGUUGUGUUCCAGGUGUCAUUGCUUUGUACUUCAGAUUGACUAUUCCAGAAUCCCCUCGUUACACUUUUGACGUCACCAACAACAUUAACACCGCCGCCGCCGAUGCUGCUCACUUCACCAGCGGUAAAUAUGGUAAUGCUAAAACCGAAGAAAUUGAAGAAUUGAACGCUACUGCUACCCAACCAGAAGUCAUUGUUUCUAUUCCAAAGGCCUCUUUCAAGGAUUUCAUCUCCCACUUCAGUCAAUGGAAGCACGGUAAGAUCUUGUUGGGUACUGCUGGUUCUUGGUUCAUGUUGGAUGUCGCUUAUUACGGUCUUGGUUUGAAUUCCGCCACCAUUUUGCAAACUAUUGGUUUCGCCUCCUCUAAAAACAUCUAUCAUCAACUAUACAACUCCGCUGCUGGUAACUUGGUUUUGAUCUGUGCCGGUUCUAUCCCAGGUUACUGGUUCUCUGUCGCCACCGUCGACACUGUCGGCCGUAAAUCCAUCCAACUUAUGGGUUUCAUCAUGUUGACCAUCAUUUUCUGUAUUAUCGGUUUUGCUUACCACAAGCUCCACGAAAAGGGUCUCCUUGCUUUCUAUAUUAUUGCUCAAUUUUUCCAAAACUUUGGUCCAAACACCACCACUUUUAUCAUUCCUGGUGAAUGUUUCCCAACCAGAUACAGAUCUACUGCCCAUGGUAUCAGUGCUGCCUCUGGUAAGGUUGGUGCCAUCAUUGCCCAAACUUGUAUCGGUACUCUUAUUAACCACGGUUGUUCCAAGGAAGACAAGAACUGUUUCUUGCCACACGUCAUGGAAAUCUUUGCCUUGUUCAUGUUGUUGGGUAUCUUCACCACCUUGUUAGUUCCAGAAACCAAGCGUAAGACCUUGGAAGAUUUGUCUGAAGAACUUCACGGUGAAGUUGACCCAUCCAAGCAAGCUCUUCAAAACAACUAUGGGAGUGACAACUCUGAAAAAGCCGCUUAA